CUUUUAUAUAUUUUUUUCAUCAGUUUUGGGGGGGUUAAUUUUUCUAUCUGUAUGUGAGACUUUGAGCCAUGUUGCUGCUGCUGCUGCUGCCACUGCUCUGCCUGCAACCUUCAGUGCAACAACAGACUCCUCCUCCUGGUCGGUGUGAUGUCCUGCAGAGGUUGGAGGUACAAACAGACUGCACUUCCUGUGCUGCUGCCAUCACUGCGAGGUGCCCCCGCGGCUUCAGCAACGCAGGCACCACUAACUGCAGUUACGUGGUGAAGAUCGCCAGCAGAGACCUGCAGCUGAAGGGAUGUCAGCACAUCUGUGUGAAGAAUAUCAUGCAACCAAAGUGCUGCCAACAGCACUGGGGACCACUGUGUCUCCGCUGCCCCAGCUGGUCUGGGAGGACCUGUAACAAUAAUGGAGUCUGUCAGGAUGGAGACCUUGGCAACGGGACCUGCAUCUGUAAUGAUGGUUUCACUGGCUUUGCCUGUCAGGAGUGUAAGAAUCCCAAUGCUUUUGGAGAAAGGUGUGAUAAAGCAUGUGACUGUGUGCAUGGAGUGUGUAAUAAAGGUCCUGAAGGUGAUGGACAGUGUUUGUGUCAGCCACCGUACUCUGGGAAGCAGUGUGACCAAGUGAAUACGAGGUGCAGUAAGUGCAGCCCCUACUCGUAUUGUAAAGGAGAGGGAGACGCCGCCGCGUGUGAAUGUUUGCCUGGAUACAGGAAGACACAGAACAAAUGCAUAAAUAUUUGUUCACAGAGGGAUUGUGAUGUCAACGCCCAGUGCUCCUCGCAGGGGUCAAAGGUCAGUUGCGCCUGUAACCCUGGUUACCUGGGUGACGGCAGGAUCUGUAUACCUCAAAACCCUUGCUUAGAUGACAACGGGGGGUGUCCCAUGAACUCCACUGUUUGUGUCUUCAGAGGGGCCAACAAGUCCAGCUGUGAGUGUAUGUCUGGCAUGUCCCCUAUAGGUGGCAGCCCUAAAUCUGGCUGUCGGCUCGUCUCCACCUGCUCAGCGGACACCUGUGACCCCACAGCUCGCUGUCAGCCUGAACUGGACGGGCAACCCAGGUGUGUGUGUGAAGCGGACCAGAUCGGUGAUGGCCGGCGUUGCUAUGGUAACCUGAUGGAGCGCAUCAUGGAGCUGGACCGGAGCGACAGCCAGAGAGGAAACCUGACUGGAGCCGUUGCCAUGUUUGAGGCAGGCUGUCCUCGUCUGCUGAAUCAUAAUGGACCCUUCACAGCUUUCGUCCCACUGCUGAAAUCACCUCUGACUGAGUUUAAUCAGGAGACGAUGUGUAAAGACCACCUGAUCCUGGGUCAGUACCUCUAUAAGGAUCUGACCGGUCGAGACUUCAACCUGUAUGGAGGAUCCAAGCUGAGGACCAAAGAAAACAAGAGGUUCAUACUCCUGGACAACCCCAGAAAACUGUACUCGGUCAUCCAGCAAGACCUGCCAGCAUCCAACGGGAUCAUCCACAUCAUCGACCAACCCAUCACACCUACUGACUCCGCCCCUCGUGAUGAACAGUUUGCUGACAUGACAAUUAGAGAGAUUCUGACUAAGGAUGACAAGUACAACCGCUUCCUGUCUUUGGUUGAUAACUGUGGGGCGCCUCCACCUCUGCGGGGGCCGGGACCCCUCACUGUGUUCAUCCCCACCAACCAGGCUGUGGACCGAGCCCGAGACGGCAGCAUCCUGUACAUGCUGAAUGAUGCCAAACACAAACUUCAGGAACUCCUCAGACACCAUGUUUUCUCCAAGGCUGCAUUGACAGUUGAUGAUCUGAGCGCGCUCACUCGGAUUCAGACGAUGGCAAAUCAGAUGGUCACCAUCACUGCGUCUGAUGAUGGUGAGAUCGUACUGGGUGAAAAGGGCAUCCGUUUAGCGAGCACCAACAUUAUGGCGUCCAAUGGGAUCAUACAUAUGAUUGACGGGCUGCUGUACCCGCCCUCCAUCCUUCCCAUCCUGCCUCACCGCUGUGAUGAUGUUGAGAGCAAGAUCACCGUGGGUCCCUGUGUUCACUGCAGUUACCUCUAUGAGACCCAGUGUCCAGAAGGCAGCACUGAAAUGGGCAACCAUCUGAUUGGCUGCGAGUACGUCACGUCUCCUCUCAGGCCAUCACUCAGCAAAGGCUGCGCCAAAUACUGCAACACCACCAAACAGGUAGCAGAGUGUUGUAAAGGUUUCUAUGGUCCGGACUGUAAGCCCUGUAUUGGAGGAUUUCAGCAUCCGUGCUACGACAGAGGAACAUGCUCUGAUGGUAUCCAUGGUAAUGGCUCAUGUAGCUGUCAGCCAGGCUGGAGGGGUAUCGCCUGCCACAUCUGCUCAGAUCCAAACAAGCAUGGUGUGAACUGUGAUGAAGAUUGUCGCUGUGUCCACGGUGUGUGUGAUAAUCGUCCGGGCAGCAGUGGAGUCUGUCGGAGAGGAUCCUGUUUGGAGGGAUUCUCCGGAGAACUGUGUGACAGGACGGCCACGCCCUGCAAUGCCGACGGACACCUGGAGCACUGUCACAUCCACGCAUACUGUAAUCAGACAGGGCUGGACAUUACGUGUGUGUGUAAGGAUGGAUACGAGGGUGACGGUCACUCCUGUUCUCCCAUCAACCCCUGUCUGAAGAGUAACCGAGGAGACUGCGACACCAAUGCUGAGUGUGUGUAUGAGGGUCCAGGUAAUGCUUCAUGUGUGUGCGCUGAGGGCUGGACGGGUGACGGCAGAGUGUGUGUGGAGAUCAACAACUGUCAGCUGGAGAGUCGAGGAGGCUGCAGCCCCAACGCAGACUGUAACCACAUCGGACCCGGACAGAGCGAGUGUGUUUGCAAAACUGGAUACAUGGGAAAUGGACAAAAGUGUGACCUCAUCAACCCCUGCAGCAAAAAUAAUGGAGGCUGCCAUGACCUGGCAAAGUGUGAGAAGACAGAGGAUGAAGGUCACACCUGUACCUGUCCCGACGGCUAUGCUGGAGACGGAAAGAUUUGCUACGGAUCAUUAUUAGACGAGCUGGAGAUGAAUGUAAGGAUGUACAGUUUCUACCGGCUGACACAGAAGUUCAGUCACAUCUUCGAGGACCUCAGUGGGAACUUCACCCUGCUGGUUCCAAGCAGAGACGCUCUGAGGAACUUAAGUUCCACUGACGACUCAGUCUGGAUGAGCCGACACCGCCUGCCUCACUUCCUGCGGGCCCAUGUGCUGCUGGGGAUGUACUCAGUGGAAGAUCUGGGUACACUGGUGGGCAACAAGCUACCAACCCUUAACCCACCAACUCAGUGGGAGAUCACCAACAGCAGUGGGCUGAUCCACAUUGGAAAUGCCCCCAUCCUCACCCCCAACCUGCCUGCAAUCAGCGGCUACCUCCACAUCAUAGGCAAGAUGUUGGCUCCGCCUCUCUCAGACCUCCCACCCGAGCCCCCCACCCUGAUGGCCUUCUUGAACUCCGCUUCCAACUUCACGCUCUUCAGAGAGUACGCUCUGAUGUACAACUUGUCUGCGAACCUGACUGAGUCAUUUACGCUUCUGCUGCCAACAGAUGAGGCCAUCAGGCAGCACCUCAGCAGGACUAACACGUCCGUCCUGGACUUCGAUGUGUUAAAGUACCACGUGAUUCCCGAUGAGCUGCUUUUCCCCGACCACCUGCACGAUGGCAUGUUGAAAGGAACUCUGCUUGGGAGUGACUACCAGGUCCAGUUCCACUUAGACAACAACAACCAGACAGUUGUGAACGAAGUUCCUCUUGACGGGAGCGUCACAGAGACGCAGUACGGCGUCCUUAUAGUUGUCCCUCAGGUCCUCAGUGUCCGCCGCAACAGAUGCAGCAAACCGAUCAACCUGAAGGUCAAUGGAAGGUGUACUGACUGUAACGGACCACCGCGAUGCCUCUUCUUCUACAAACCAAUCAGAGCAGAGUUUCCGGCCAACAUGCGAUCCAACUGUAGAUACAGGAAGCGGGUCGGAUCCAGGAGGAAGUCUGUGCCGGGCUGUGUCAUCAAAUGUCUCAAAGCCGCCAUGGAUCACUCAUGUUGCCCCGGUUACUAUGGCCAUGAGUGCUUCAAAUGCCCCGGAGACAUCGGCAGCUGGUGCUCCAAUCACGGGGAGUGUCAGGAUGGUAACCACGGCAACGGUGAGUGCCGUUGCUACGAGGGUUUCCAUGGGACUGCGUGUGAGGACUGUGAGCCGGGGCGAUACGGAGUUAACUGCUCCUCCAAGUGUGAGUGUGACCAUGGGAAGUGUCAGGAUGGUCUGACAGGAAGCGGCCGGUGUGUGUGUUACAAAGGCUGGAAAGGAGCCUCCUGCUCUGCAGAGAUCAAAGACGACGCCUGUAAAGGUGUGUGCGACGAAAAUGCCAACUGCAUAACGGGGCCAAAGGGAACAGCUGCUGUCUGCGUGUGCACAGCUGGAUAUGAAGGAAAUGGAACCUACUGCAAAGAGCUGGAUUUGUGCAGCCGGUCUAACGGCGGAUGUUCAGAGUUUGCAGUCUGCACUAAGGUGUCAGCAGGAGUGAGGACCUGUACCUGCAAAGAGGGGUACAGUGGAGACGGUGUCGUCUGCCUGGAGUUUGAUGGCUGUCUGGUCAACAAUGGAGGCUGCCACAAGAAUGCAGACUGCAUCAGAACAGGACCCAAUGUUACCUCCUGCAGCUGUCGGCUGGCCUUCCGAGGAACAGGGAGAUACUGUUACCCUGUGAACCCCUGCAGAACUAACAACGGUGAAUGUAGCAGGAAUGCUCGCUGUGAGUACAUCGGUAUGGGUCAGAGGAACUGCACCUGCCACAGAGGCUAUAUAGGUGAUGGCAUCGAUUGUCGAGGAACCACCAACAAUGAAGUGUUCAGACAGAGCAAGAAUGCCUUCUUUCGUCGAAUGCUGACGAUAUCAGACUCUUCGGGUCUUUAUGGUGACGGGCCAUACACUGUCUUCGUCCCUGUAGAGGAAAACAACAACUUCUCCACCAUUGAUAAUUGGAAGCAGAACGGUCGUAUUGGUGAUCUGACUCGUUACCACAUCAUUUCCUGUGAGACUCUGACCUUGAAUGACCUCAAAACCACAGAGCGUGCUGUCUCAGUAUCAGGAUACACGUUGCACUUCAGCCUGAAAGAGGAUACAGUUUGGAUCAACAACAGGUCGAGGAUCGUGAAGAGUGAUUACACCACGAGCAAUGGAGUCAUUCACCACAUCGACUUGAUGCUGAUGCCUUACAGGCUGGAGGACAAACCGCCGCUUGACCCAAAAACUAUGAACUUCACCACAGCAGCUUCAGUUUAUGGUUACAACCGCUUCUACAAACUCAUAGAGGAUGCAGGCCUACUCCCUGUGCUCAAGAUGCCCAUCCACCAGCCGUUCACCGUAUUCUGGCCCACAGACAAGGCCCUCGAGUCCCUGCCAGCUGAAAGGCAGCGCUGGCUCUCCAACCCUGACCACCUGGACCAGCUGGCUGCCACUGUGAAGGCUCACAUCAUUCGCAACUCCAGGGUGAUGGGUAUCGCACAGCCAACUAAAUUCUCAUUCUUACGUACGAUGCAUGGAUCCACCAUCAAGUACAGCUGUGACAGUACCCUGGUGGGGGCAGUACUGAUAAAUAAAAAUGAAGCCCAGAUAGUGGAGCGCUACCUGACCUUCAAAGAGGGCGUGGCCUAUGGCAUCGACCAGCUGCUAGAGCCUCCUGGCCUCGGAGCGUUCUGCGACACCAUCGAGAACAGAACCACUUACGGACGCUGUGGACACUGCAUAUUCACCCCUUACUGUCCUUUCAAACACCAUGACACGGGAAAGAAAGACAGCUGUUUGAACUAUCACUAUCACAGGUAUAGCAGAUACCCACGCUGGUACGAUGACCUGGACAGUCAAUUUAGCAGGGUCAACUGUAAGAGAGUUUGCAGUUUUCCAUCCUGGGUCCAAAAGUGCUGCAAAAACCACUACGGCCGAGACUGUCAAGUCUGUCCAGGUGGUCUGGAAGCCCCUUGUAGCAACCACGGGGACUGCAAUGAUGGUGUUCUCGGUAGAGGAACCUGUAGGUGCCACACCGGAUUCAGAGGGGAAUCCUGCGAACUGUGUGCCACUGGGUUCUAUGGCCCUACCUGCACAGCCUGUGACUGUGGGAACCAGGGAAGGUGCGAUGAUGGCACUGAAGGAUCUGGACAGUGUACCUGCAAGCCAGGCUGGGAGGGCGAUCGCUGCCAGAACAAACAAGGCUCGAUCCCCGAGGAGUGCCGGCAGUGCCACGCUCAGGCUGACUGUGUGGAGCGUGUCGGUUGUCAGUGCAAACCUGGAUUCCAGGGGAAUGGAACCUUCUGCACCCCAGAGCCACCUCCAGACCUUUGCUCCGAGUACAACGGCGGCUGCCACCUGAACGCGGACUGUAACCAGACGGGACUCGUCGUCAACUGCACCUGCCACGGUGGUUACCAAGGAGACGGCUACUCCUGCGAGCCCAUCAACAGAUGUGUUGCAGAGGAAAAUGGCGGCUGCAGCGACUUUGCCUCCUGCAAGUUCACUGGUCCAAAUGAGCGUGAGUGCGAAUGCCUGCCUGGGUACUUGGGUAAUGGAGUCCAGUGUCUGGAGAAGGUGGUGCCACCUGUUGACCGCUGCUUGGAAGACAACGGAGGCUGUGACCCUGUGGCGUCCUGCAAGGACCUGCAUUACCACACAAACACAGCUGGAGUCUUCCACCUGCGCGCUACGGAGGGGAAGUACAAGAUGAACUUCAGUCAGGCCGACGCCGCCUGCCAGGCUGAGGGCGCCACGCUGGCUACCUUUAAGCAGCUGGGAGACGCACAGCAGCUCGGGAUGCAUCUGUGUGUGGCCGGCUGGAUGGAGGGGGGGAAGGUGGGAUACCCGACCCGCUUCCCCUCAGUCAGGUGCGGAGACAACCACGUGGGUCUGGUUAUGUACAUAGAGCCCGUGGACCAGAGCAGCAAGUACGACGCUUACUGCUACAGGCUCACAGAUGUUUCAUGUGCGUGUCCUGCUGAUUACGUGGGAAACGGAGAUUUCUGUAACGGCGUCCUGACCAGCGUCCUUGCAACGUACAGCAACUUCUCCAUCUUUUACACGAUGUUAUUGGAGUACAGCAGAUCGUCCUCGGAGGGCAAACAACUUGUCGAGUUUCUUUCUCACAGGGAGGCUGAAGUCACGCUGUUUGUCCCUCAUAAUGCCGGCUUCAGCCCAAAUCAGACUUUGACUGGAAGAGACCUCGAGUUUCACAUCUCAGCCAAUCACAGCAGACGGCCAUUUAAGGAGCUGAAGCACCAGACGGUCAUCGCAUCGAGGCUCGGGGUCAACCUGACUGUUACCCAUGGCAACAAUGAGAGCUCAAAACUGGUGAACAAGAGAUUGCUGCUGGAGUGGGACAUUGCUGCUGUAAACGGGAUCAUCCACACCAUCGAGGCCCCGCUGACGGCACCUCCCCCACCGGAAUCUCACAACUCCCAAAGCCACGCCCACUCAAGCAGUAGAGUGUCGGCCAUCUUGGUGACGCUGUUGUUGGUGUGUGUGUUGGCUGUGCUCGGCUACUAUGUCUUCAAACACAAGACUGACGCCUUCCGCUUCCACUACUUCAGAAAUGAUGAUGAGGGUGCAACAGGAGGCAGGCCCAAACCCACGCUGGUCUCCAUCCCCAACCCUCUCUACUUCAGCUCGAGAGCCUUGUCUGAGCCGUUUGAGGACACCAAUCAGGAGGUGGCACCAGAAGAACCCUUAGAUGUUCUGGACCUGGGCCAAUAAAACCAGUUGAACCAGUAUAACUGGAACUGGCAUGCUUUGGCAUUUUUUGUUUUGUUUUGUUUUUUGUUUACACAGUUCAACUGUAAUCAAAUAUGAAAUUCAAGUUUACUAAAUCCAGAUCCUCUCUGGGAGGAAAAAAUCCAAUCAGUGUUUUUACUGUCAAAUAAUUGCUGAUGUACCAAAAACUGGAGUUCCUCUAACGGCCACUGAGACUGGCUCCAAAAGUGAGUCAGCACCCUUAGACUCCCAUGUUAAACAGUUCACAGCAGAAAUA